UUCCCUUUAAAGUUGAUAAGAAGAACACAGUUCAAUAGCAACCACAAGCACAGAUUUGAUGCACAAUCAUUUGAAGUGUUCUCUUUCCCUUUUAGGAAGAUUUCGGGAACGGUAUGACCUUCUCUUUAACAGAUCUUGGCACCUCGCUUCUACAUCUUGAAAAGUCCUUCCUUGCUACGGUAGCAAUAGACUUUGGCACAACCUACAGUGGUUUUGCUUUCUCAUUCAACAAAGAUGAAGGUAAAGACAUGAUUUUUAUGAACAGAGCCUGGGUGAAUGAUCAGGGCCAUCAAACAAGCAAGACCCCUACAUGUCUGCUUCUUAAACCAGACUUGUCAUUUCACUCUUUUGGAUACGAAGCAGAAGAAAAUUACGCAAGUCUGACGAGCAUCUCAGAGGAAAAAGAAUACAUGUUUUUCCGGAAUUUUAAAAUGCUUUUACAUAAUGAUGAGAGUCUGAAUCUUAACACCAAGAUAGCCGCAGCAAAUGGAAAACUCUUGCAUGCAAAGCAAGUGUUUGUUCAUUCUAUCCGGUUUCUCAAAGAACAAGCGCUCAACAUCAUUCGACAAGAGACACAUGAUGAUGGAUUUAGAAUGGAGGAUAUCCAGUGGGUCCUGACUGUACCAGCCAUAUGGAGUCCAAGAGCGAAGCAGUUUAUGCGUCAAGCAGCCUAUGAGGCUGGCAUUGGAUCAUCAGACAAUCCAGAGCAGUUGAGAAUUGCUUUAGAACCUGAAGCUGCGGCACUGUUCUGCACAGAAAAACUCCUGGAGAGGAUCGGUGCCGGGUCGGUUGAAAGGCAGCUCUCCCAACCCAAUGUACACUAUAUGGUUGUCGAUAUUGGAGGCGGUACCCUUGAUGUGACAGUGCAUGAAAAACAGGACGAUGGUACCAUUAAGGAGAUCCACAAAGUAACAGGUGGACCUUAUGGGGGCUUGAAAGUGAAUAAGCAGUUUAUGAGCCUUUUGGACCAAAUAUUUGGUCAGCAGAAAAUGUAUGAUUAUCGCCACCAAUUUCCUUCUGAUUGGCUAAAACUCAUGAACGAUUUUGAAAUAAAGAAGCGUGGGGUUCGAGUCGUUCAGCAGAAAGAGACAAGAAUUCGCCUGCCACGUAGUUUUGUCUCCUGGAUCAAUGAUGCUGUUACAGCAGCUCUUAAACGCUAUGCAAAUGGUGAAAUCAGAAUCCUUAACGACGAGUACCUGUGCUUGAGUUCUAACCUUAUGGUGAAGCAGUUUCAGCCAGUGUUGGAAGCCAUGAAGGAUCACUUAAGGGUGCUCCUCAGCGAGCCACGGCUUUCGAAAGUCUCCGUAAUGCUACUGGUUGGAGGAUUCGCGAGUUCUCUGAUUCUUCAGGAGGAAAUCACGAAAGAGUUUUCCAGAA